GUCAACCUCUGGAACAUGAUGUACCCAGUGGACCUACGAAACUGUUGUCGUGAUCGGUUUGAUCAGACGCUGAAUCUUGUAAAAAUCCAGAAAAACAAUUUCUAGUGCAAUUAAAAAUUAAAAAUCGGAAGAAAUGGGGACUGUUGAAUAUGGACUGCCAACUAACAGUGGAUUGAUGCCUCAAAUUCAGGCACUGAUAGCCCCACCGGUAUCUGAAGAUUCGAAAACUGGAAAAGGUAAAAAAGACAAAGAGGAAAAACGUCAUCCGUACUUUAAGAGACCUGGCAGAGGACACAAUAGGGACUCUUGUGAUGCCUGCAGAGAUGGUGGUGAACUCAUAUGCUGCGACAAGUGUCCAGCCUCUUUUCAUUUACAGUGCCAUGAUCCACCCCUGGAGCCCUCGGACAUACCGAACGGCGAGUGGAUGUGUCACUCCUGCCGUUGCGCUGCAAAGAAAGAAAAAGACAAGUUGGCUCACAAAAAGACAAAGAACAAGAGCGCCCUGGAGGUCCUGGCAUUGGCCGCCUCCCUGGCGAAUCCCCGUGAGUUCGAGCUACCGAAGGAGCUUCGUCUCCCAAUAACCUUCCCCGGCACAGACAAGAUCGACCCAGCAACCGUCAAGAAAAAACCACAAACGUCCUGCAACGGCAGAUCCCACUGCCUGGACUCAGGAACAAUGGUCCCCCUGCCAGCUCGCCUCUGCUUCGAGUGCGGCAAGAGUUGUAAGAAGGCGCCCCUGAUAGCCUGCGACUACUGUCCCUUGUACUUCCAUCAGGACUGCCUGGAUCCCCCCUUGACAGCGUUCCCCAGUGGGCGGUGGAUGUGUCCAAAUCACCCGAACCACUUCAUCGACCAAAACCUCCUGAACUCGUGCAACGCAACGACUCGUUUGAAGCUCUGGGAUCAAUUCGCCACACGUCGAGUCGACCAGCACGCAGUCAAGCUUGAGUUCAUGAAGAAGGCCUACAGCAUGAAUCCCCCGUUCCGGGUGAAACUCACAGUGAGCGAUAAAAACAGAGUUAGAGUCCCAGACAUCGUAAAGUCCCACUAUGCAAACCCCCCAGAGUUGAACUCCAUCAACACUUACAGGCAGAACUUCUUCAUAACUCCAGUGAUGAGCCCCUCCCCAGAGUCCAGACUGGAGAACGGUCAAGACUCUGAUGGACCGAGUGAGGCUCCAGAGUCUCCCAGGGAGCCUGAAGAUUCUCCACACGUGAUCCUGAGGUGCGAUGCUGAGAUGGACAUCGAGAGGCCACUAGCAGAGGACAAGAGGAAGAAUCUGCGGAGCUCUGGGAGGACUCAGGAGUCACGAAGGAGUUCAGAGAGCAGAGGACAGCCUCCCAGGCAGGAGCGCAGGAUAGGCUACGGUCUGAAGGAGGGGGUACAACUGCUGGAUCGCCCUGUGCUGGAGGCACUCGCUGAACAGCGACUCGAGCAGAUACUAAAUCCUCUGGGGAAUGACUACAAACUCAUCAACUGCCAGUAUCAGGCCCGGGCUGCGCUGUUCCCACUCAGCAGGAAACCUGGCCCACCUGCCUUCAUGGUCCGGAGGACACUUACCAUUGGCACAGGUGCCAACAGCGAUGUUCUGCUGUCCAGGUAUGGUGACUGCGACUGUGUCUCCCCCAAGCACGCUGUCAUAUUCUUCGAUGAGACAACCAAACGGUACGAGCUACUCAAUUACAGUGAAUAUGGAACUACUGUUGAUAAUGUCUUUUACUCGUGUGAUUGCACAUCUCUGACGGUCCACGAGAGCGAGGAACUUGUUCCCGAACAUUGGAAGGACUUCAGGAAGGGGGAGAAUGGAGUCAGUGAAUGUGGAACCAGGGGGAAUGGACACAGGGGAUCUUGCAAGUGCUGUGUUAUGGACCAGAACGAUGGGAAUAGUGUGUAUACACAAGCUGGGUGGGAGGGAAGCGCCAUUGUUGCUCAUGGAUCCAUUCUCACGUUUGGGUGUCUUGUCUUUGUGUUCAGCACCGUUGCUGUUCAAUCGAAACAUUGAAUUGUGGACUAAAAUGAUUUUUUUUCUGGGGAAUCAAUCAUAAAUUAGAAGUUCAAUAGACAUCCAAUUAAAAUAAAUUAAUGAAGUCCUGGGGUCCUGCUUCAUCAUUUCACAAUUAAAUACGCUAUGUAAAUAUAAUUUAUAAAUAAUCCUCGAAGAAUGGUCUUAUUUAUAAUCGAACGCAUAGUAAUUUAUGAGGAAAUCUGAAAAGACAAGAAUGUAAAUAACGAGGUACGCCAGUGCAUUAAUAAAAUGCGUUGAGAUGA